AUUUGAACAUAUUUAGGUACUCCCACGAAGUGCCUAGAGCUGAGCUUGGCUUGGGGCCCAACCAGGCGAGGAGUAAGGGGAAGGUCUGAGCAGAGUCCCUAGUCCUCUUGAGAUGGGACAGUCUGGAUAUCACACCAGGAAUGGUUUGAACAAUUUAUGAGGGAAAGAAGGAGGGGUCAAUGGUAGAAAGAUCCCAACCAGAAGUUCCAACACAAAGGAUUCUUUGGAGAGAGCAUAAGGUCAGAAUUUAAGACAAAUCGGAACUUGAAAUUUGAAAGGAGGUUAAAAAAUCAGCGGCAAGGUUGGGUCGAAGUUCCUGAGUGAGGUAGUUAAUUGAGGCACUUUAUCUGAGGAAUGAGUUCCAGGCUAUGAGCCAAGAGAUCCGGAUUCUAGGCUUUGGCUUUACUGCUAAUUUGCGGGUUGAACUUUGCCAAGUCAUUUCCCUUCUUUGAGUUCAGCUUGCCCAUUUGUAAAAUCGAAUAAUCAGUGUGUUCUUCUUCCGCCCCUUGGAGUUAUAGCAGUAAGAGAACGAAACGAAAAGCAAUCAAAAAGCUUCGGAAAGCUAAAUGCUCUGCGCCUAGAUGAAGCAGUUCCUCCAACUCCGCUUCAGAGGGAUGGAGUCAGGGUUAGGACAGGCUGGGGCGGCUGGUCCCCUUUCUCGGUCCCGGUCUUCCUCCUGUCAGCCUGAGGGCGCCCGCUCACGGGCCUCUCUGUCCCAGAGCUCAUCUCUAUGGUUCUCCCUCCCAAACCAUGAAGGCGGGAGGGAGUGGUCAGCACGCCUUUUCCGCUAGUUACCCUCUCUAGGCCACAGUCUCGCUGCUCUAGACCUCCAGUACCUCCUGGCCAGGCGGGCUCACAGGCGUGCGCUCGGGGGGCGCGUGGAGGGGCGGGGGGAGUUCCGGUUCCGGUUCUUUGUGCAGCUGCAGCGGUGGCCCCAGGAAGAUGGCCGCCCGGGCGGGUUUCCAGUCUGUGGCUCCCAGCGGCGGCGCCGGAGCUUCGGGAGGGGCGGGCGCGGCAGACCAGGUAUGCUGCCAGGCAGCCGAAUGACACCUCAGGGACCUUCCAUGGGACCCCCUGGCUAUGGGGGGAACCCUUCAGUCCGACCUGGCCUGGCCCAGUCGGGGAUGGACCAGUCCCGCAAGAGACCUGCACCUCAGCAGUGCAAAGAAAAAGAAGAUGGCUGACAAAAUUCUACCUCAAAGGAUUCGUGAACUGGUACCAGAAUCCCAGGCCUAUAUGGAUCUCUUGGCUUUUGAAAGGAAACUGGACCAGACUAUCAUGCGGAAACGGCUAGAUAUCCAGGAGGCCUUGAAACGUCCCAUCAAGCAAAAACGGAAGCUGCGAAUUUUCAUUUCUAACACUUUCAAUCCGGCUAAGUCAGAUGCCGAGGAUGGGGAAGGGACGGUGGCUUCCUGGGAGCUUCGGGUAGAAGGACGGCUCCUGGAGGAUUCUGCCUUAUCCAAAUAUGAUGCCACCAAACAAAAGAGGAAGUUCUCUUCCUUCUUUAAGUCCUUGGUGAUUGAACUGGACAAAGACCUGUAUGGGCCAGACAACCAUCUGGUAGAAUGGCACAGGACCGCCACUACCCAGGAGACUGAUGGUUUCCAGGUGAAGCGGCCAGGAGACGUGAAUGUACGGUGUACUGUCCUACUGAUGCUGGACUACCAGCCUCCCCAGUUUAAAUUAGACCCUCGCCUGGCUCGGCUCCUAGGCAUCCACACCCAGACUCGUCCAGUGAUCAUCCAAGCACUGUGGCAAUAUAUUAAGACACACAAGCUCCAGGACCCCCAUGAGCGGGAGUUUGUCAUCUGUGAUAAGUACCUCCAGCAGAUCUUUGAGUCUCAACGUAUGAAGUUUUCAGAGAUCCCUCAGCGGCUCCACGCACUGCUUAUGCCGCCAGAGCCCAUCAUCAUUAAUCAUGUCAUCAGUGUUGACCCAAAUGAUCAGAAAAAGACAGCUUGUUAUGACAUUGAUGUGGAAGUGGAUGAUACCUUGAAGACCCAGAUGAAUUCUUUUCUGCUGUCCACUGCCAGCCAACAGGAGAUUGCUACUUUAGACAACAAGAUCCAUGAGACAAUAGAAACUAUCAACCAACUGAAGACCCAGCGGGAGUUCAUGCUGAGCUUUGCCAGAGACCCUCAGGGUUUCAUCAAUGAUUGGCUUCAGUCUCAAUGCAGGGACCUCAAGACCAUGACCGACGUGGUGGGUAACCCGGAGGAAGAACGCCGAGCUGAGUUCUACUUCCAGCCCUGGGCCCAGGAGGCUGUGUGCCGAUACUUCUACUCCAAGGUGCAACAGAGACGGCAAGAAUUAGAGCAAGCCCUGGGAAUCCGAAAUACAUAGGGCCUCUCCACAGCCCUGACCUGCUGCACCGAUUCCUAACUGGGCCCUGUGCUGCCUGCCCCGUAGCACCUGCCUUGGUCUUGCUUGGGGCCUUCCAGGGGAUGCUGUGGUUCAAGGACAACACAAGAAUGAAGAGGGUCUCACAUUUCUGUCUCACAAGACACCUGUUACCCUCUUCUCCCCCCAUCCCUUCCCACCCCCAGCUACAUACUUUGCCCCACAAAGUUCCCAUGUGCCUCGCCUCUCCCCUGGUCUACGUAGGACCUCUAGGUAGUGUUAGAGAGGAACCCAUAGUGGUAAUCAGUGCUCUGAAUGGAUUGGGCCUAAGGCCAGAUGGUCUUCAAGGGGACCAGCCACACUGAUCCUGCCCUUCAGAGACCCAGGAGUUGGGAG